AUGUCGUCUUCACCCGAGCCACCGUUUCUACCAUUAAUCCUUGCAGGCGGGAGAGCGACGAGAAUGGGAUGUCCCAAGCAUCUCCUGUCUACGCCGAACGGGAAACAUCUAUACGAAAACCAAAUCGAGGUCAUCCGCGAGGCAUUCCCCGGAAUAACCGAAAUCUACAUCUCCCUCGCCCAAGACUCUCAACUAGACGACCUCCUGCAGAUGGCCUGCUCUGAAAACGGCUGUCUUCUCGAAGGGAACCCUCGCGUCCGGCUCAAGGUCAUCUUUGACGAAGAGCGCAACCUGUCAAACGAAUCUGCAGGUCCCGCCUCUGGAAUAUUGGCAGCUGCCAACCUGCGUCCCAACACCACGUGGCUCGUCGUUGCGUGCGAUUUCCCGUUCCUUACAGCAGACGCCCUGAGGCAGCUUGUCUCGCACUACGAGCAGCCUGUUACUUGUUUCCGUAAUCUCAAAGGGUACUGUGAGCCGCUGCUGGGACUCUGGAGUCCGCAGGCGUUGGGGUAUUUGGCAGACAACCACAAAAAAGGAGUUCUCAGCCCGAGCAGGGUGGUGGACAAGUUGGGAGGACCGAUGUUAUUGCCCACGCGGGAUCCGCAGUGGACGUUAUUCAAUGUGAAUUCAAGGGCAGAUUGGACGGCAACUAUGAAAGCUUUUAGUUUUGGCCAAGACAAUAGUUCAAUUUAG